AAUGAAAGGACCCCAUAACAGAAAAAAAGAAGAAGAGCAACCAGUGCUACAUUAGUCGCUUUAGAAUCGGACGUCAGGUUCCUCUAAGUGAGUGCCAUGUGUCAUCCCAUCAUUUCCACCACCUUCCCCCUCUCUCUCUUUUCUCUCUCACUCCUUUCCUCAUUAUUUUGACACCCCCACCCCCCCACCCCACUACCCCACCCACCCCCCACGCCACGCUGUAUAAGAAACCUUCAUAACAAAGACUUCACUUUCCUUUUUCCUUUUUACCUCUUCCUUGUGCGUUCCGUUAAGAUACAUAGAUCGUUCAGGUUAAAGGUUGGUUUGGAUAAGGGGCGGGCUGAUCAGUUUUGAGGUUCGUAAAGAUGACUGGUGGUACCCCCAAUCAGUUGAUAUCUGUUAGUCCCGAAGAGCUCAAAUUCCAAUUUGAGCCGGAGAAACAAAGCUGUUGUGAUCUUAAAGUUACAAACAACACAGAUCAGUAUGUUGCAUUCAAGGUGAAAACUACUUCUCCUAAAAAGUAUUUUGUUCGGCCAAAUACGGGUAUCGUACAUCCCGGGGAUUCAUGUUUUAUACGAGUCACCCUUCAAGCUCAAAAGGACUACCCCCCGGACAUGCAAUGCAAGGACAAGUUCCUCUUACAGAGCACCAUUGUGAAUAGUGAUGCUGAUGACCUUCCUCCAGAUACUUUUAACAGGGAUAGCGGAAGAAAUGUAGAGGAGUGCAAGCUUAGGGUUGUUUACGCCUCUCCUCACUCAUCCCUGGGACAUUCCGAAAAUGCGUUUAGCCAAAGUUCUGAUGUCAACUCUAGUCAGGCACUGCAGCAUGCCAGAGACGAAAGGGAUGCAGUUUUACGACAAACACAGCAGCUGCAACAGGAACUGGAAAUGCUGAAGAGACGAAGAAAUCGGAGAAGUGAUGCAGGCUUCUCUGUAAAGUUUGCACUUGUGGUGGGACUCAUUGGGUUAAUGGCUGGGUUUCUAUUUAAACUCUUGAUGUCUUCACCUUCUACAGAAUAGCUCAAGUCCCCUCGCUUGUGGAGUUGCGCAAGUUUUUCUUUUAGGUUACUGUAAAAUUUUCUAGUGUUUGUGAACUUGGAGAGCACUGGCUCUGUUCUUUCUGUGUAAAUUGAUCAUUUUUAUGAAACUACUUUGUAAGCGUUCUCACCA